GAAAAGAAGGGUUCAUGGAAGGCUAAAGAGAAGGAGGCAUGGGGUGUUAAGAGAGAGGUUGAUCCUAACCAGCCAAAGGAGCCUCGCUAUCCUAAGAAGAAAGUAGCAUUGCUUAUUGGUUUCUGUGGAACAGGAUAUCAAGGAAUGCAAAUGAACAAGGAUGCAAAGACAAUUGAGGGUGCUCUGUUUGAUGCUAUGGUAAAGGUUGGUGCGAUUUCAAAAGCCAAUUCGGAAGAUGCUUCAAAGAUCAAUUGGAUGAGAACCGCACGUACUGACAAGGGUGUUCAUGCUGCUUGCAAUGUUGUUUCUUGCAAAAUGGCUUUCCCAGUGGAGGAUAUGACACCACUUAUUAAUGCAGAAUUGCCUGAACAAAUCAGAGUCUGGAACUAUGUUCAAACCGCUCGUUCCUUCCAUGCCAAGGUUGCUUGCGAUUCAAGAAUCUAUGAGUACUUGCUGCCAAGCUAUGCCUUCGCCCCUCCCAAGAAAUACAUACUCACUACUGAACCAACUUCGGACACCGAUGUUAUGGUCAGCGGAGACAAUGGCCAGACUAAGCGUUAUGUUGCACGGAGUACUGCUGAGGAGCUCGCUACUUUGGAUUCUUAUAGAAUCGACCAAGACACCUUGGAGAGAUUUAGAGAGGCUUUGAGCAUGUUCGUUGGCACCCAUAAUUUCCACAACUACACCAUUGGGCGUAGCCCAACCGAUAAUAGCAGCAAUCGCUAUAUCAUGAGUAUUAAAGUUGAUGAUCCUAUAUAUAUCAAUGGCUGCGAAUGGUUGAGUGUUAAACUACAAGGACAGUCAUUUAUGUUGCAUCAAAUCCGAAAGAUGGUUUCAAUGGCUAUUCUGACGGUACGAAGCAAGACACCUCUGAAGAUCAUUAAAAAUUCUUUUGAUAAUGUGCGGAUCAAUAUCCCAAAGGCACCUGCCGUUGGACUUUUAUUGGAGCGCCCAGUUUUUGAUUCAUUCAACAAAAGUCUUCAAAUGAAAGAUGCAACAUUCAAUGCGGUCCGUGAACCUGUGGAAUUUCAUCCUUAUAAGGAUGAAAUUGAGGCUUUCAAGCAGAAAUGGAUUUACAGCACAAUUUUUGCUGCAGAAGCAGUUGAGAGAGGUUUUGAUACAUUCUUGCGGACCGUGGACGCUCAUUUCGGUCACGAAUUCAACUACUUGAACUCUGAUGGUGAGAUUCCUGAUGAGUGCAUUGUAUAUACAAAGUUUUCAGGUCAGACAAAGAAGAAAGAUGACUCAGAGGACGAGAUUGGAGCCGAGGAGUAGCAUACUGUGUAAAGCAUAUUAUUUAGUACAAAUUAAUGAAGUUUCUUGAGCAGAUUAGCAUAUAAUAUUAAAUGUUCAAUAAUAAUAAACUAUAAAACCUUUUAACAU